AUGUUCUCGACCUUUACGGGCAACUCGAGGAGGCCCCGAAAUGUCAACCUGAGCGGGCAGGCCGGCAAUCCUUUCGCCAACACGGCAUGGAGCCCUUCACUCGCCUCCAGCGCAACCAAAACCGUCUCCGACGCACAGGCCGAGCGAGAGAGGCGGCAGCUCGAACGUCAGCGCUUGAAAGCAGCUGGCACGAUUCAAAGGGUCUGGAGGGGGCACAAGUCAAGAAGGACUCUGGCCGACAACUGGAGGGCCACUUUCGACCAUGUCUAUCGCUCUGCUUCCGCCAAUAGCCCCAGUCAGAGGUUGACGUCCACCUUCAACCUGUUGCUUGCCUUCUUCUCAGCUCGCCGCACCGACGAUGUCCGAAGAGUGUUCCUGUUCGCCCGAGAUUCAGACGCCGUCGACCUUGAACAAAUUAGCCCCACCAACACACAUCCUUCUCGGCUACGGCGCCUCAUGGGUAUACUUGUCAAGUCGUUGAAUAUCGUGUCUUUAAGGAGCGAACUGCACCAGGACUUAGGGCCCCUCUUGAAGCUCAUCGUUCGCAUCGUCUCAAGCUCGCCCGCCACGAUCGACAAGGACUUGGGUGACUAUUUCCAGGCCUUGGCUCAGCUGUCUCGCGUCCGUGAUGCAGGCCAGUGGACAGCCUUGUUCGUCGAGGCGGUUGCUACGCCUUUACGGGUAGCUUCGGAAAGCACAGAAGCCUCCGUGUAUAAAGCGCUCGCCUAUCGCUUUUUGGCACACAACGACAUGGUCCAGUUCCAAGACAAUAUUGCACUCUUCUCAGAACGCAUCGACGCAGACAAGCUCUCCGAUGCGAUCAGAACCGGUUACCCAGGCGCCACAUGUGCACCUGUCUCCAAAGACGGUCUUUUAUGGUUACUGGCGCACUUUGUCGAUCUAGGCCGCCGGUGGCUAAAUCCACUCAAUAAGCUUGCGUAUCUCGGUGCUCUUUUCCCGCAACUGUCGUUUUUAUCGUCUGAAAUCAGCUUGCGGCAUGCGAUGAAACCUGCUCCCGAGCCCUCUUCCGCCGAGGUCGACGACUCGCUGAUCCCACCUCUCCAGCCGUACAUCUCGCGCCUCCUUCUUUCGCUCGGGGACCAUGAUGGCAUCUCUAGACUUCUGCGUGACUUCUCGGAUAGCUUGUCCCAGACAUCGAACCAUGAGUUCCAGGGAACAAGUGUUCUCGCGGGCUACAUCCUGACUCUUCUGCAAUGCUUCCCGGCCAGCGCCGACGACACCCGCAUGCGUCUUUUUCUCGAGCAGAUUCCCUCGGCGUCCGGCCAGGUCCCCACAAUCAAAUUUCUAUGGCAAAUUAUGCAGGAGACUUCGGUUUUUCAGAAAUUGAGAUCGGAAUCCGAGCAGCCCUCCGCCGUCCUCCGGAGAUACCUUCAUAGGACCUCGCAGCUGUUGAGUGAGACGCCUGAAGAGCGAGAAUGGCGCAUCAUCCUCCUUUUUCUUGAGCUUUACAUAUUCAUCCUCCGCCUCAGCGAUGAUGAGGAUUUCAUCAGCGGCAUGACCACUCAAGUCCUGCAAACGAAUUCGUCGACCUCACGUCUCCGGUCCUGCAGCUUGCCUCUUGAAGACGUGAAGGCUCUCACCAUAUUUCUGAAGAAUGCAGCCUUCACACUCCAUUACAAAGCCAACGAACUUUCGCGAACACCGCAUACGAUCGAGUCGACUACCAAGUCUCGCCUUGACUCCUACCUGGGCGCAGACGGAGCGGGAAGCGAGGUCGACCUGGAUGGUCUUCGAACCAUACUUACCACGCCCUUGAAGAUGCUAUAUGAGAGGGAUUCGAGAAAGCAUUUCUUAGCUCCCGAUGACUGGCUUAUGCCUGGAAAACUAGAGCAAGAGGACUUUGUCAGCGCGGUCAUAGCAGAGGAGGAACGACAGAAUAAGGAGGAGUAUGAGGGGAGCGAAGAAGAAGCGGAACCUGCCGUGCUUGGUUUCGACCCUGACUUCGGGGUUCACUCGACACUCGCGGGCCAGCGACUAACACGCCACCUCGAGAUUCUGAAGCACAUGCCUUUUGUCGUCCCCUUUGAGACCCGGGUCCGGAUUUUCCGACAGUUUGUGCAACUGGACCGGUCUCGCAGGGGGGGCGACAAUCCCUUCCACAUGUUUCCCAUACACCCGUCUGCCAGGCACCACGCAAGGAUUCGACGAGGGCAGUUGUUCGAGGACGCAUACAAGCAAUUUUACCAGCUGGCGGAAGGCUUGAAAGACCCCAUACAGAUUACUUUUGUGGAUCAAUUCGACACGCCAGAGGCCGGGAUAGAUGGUGGCGGCGUCACCAAGGAGUUCCUGACGAGCGUCACUGAACAAGGGCUUCUGUUUCCCAAUCCAACGGCUGCCGACACCUUGCGCGAGUCUCUACGAAGCCACGGGCUGACUGAGAACGACGCCGAAUGGAGAGAGGCCAUGGCAAGCAUGUACAAGCGCUUCGAGUUUCUGGGUCGGAUUGUGGGCAAGUGCAUGUACGAGGGGAUUCUCGUCGAUCUCGCGUUUGCUGGCUUCUUCCUGCUGAAGUGGCCGUCGACGGGCCCAAAGGAAGAGAACACGUACAAGGGCAGCAUCAACGAUUUGCGGGACAUGGACGAAGGCCUCUACAAGGGGAUGCUGCGACUCAAAAACUAUGCAGGCGAUGUCUCGGAGCUUGGCUUUGACUUUACUGUGGAAGACCAAGUCUCGCGGCCCGGGGAGCCUGUUAAGACAGUCACAAGGAAGCUAAUCAGCAACGGCGAUCAGACGCCGGUCAACAACGACAAUCGCCUCCUCUACGUUUCAUACAUGGCUCGCCAUCGACUUGUGGUGCAGCCGUCACUGCAGACGACGGCAUUUCUGCGGGGGCUUCGCGCCAUCAUCCGCCCCUCGUGGCUGUCCAUGUUUAACCAGUCGGAGCUGCAGCGUCUCGUGGGCGGCGACUCGUCGGAAAUCGACAUUGCAGACCUGCGGCGUAAUACGGUCUACAGCGGACUUUACGAGAUAGGCGACGAUGGAGAGGAGCACCCGACAAUCAAGCUAUUCUGGAAGGUGAUGGAGGGCUUCACGGAUGCACAGAGGCGAGACGUGCUCAAGUACGUGAGCUCGACGCCACGAGCGCCUCUUCUGGGCUUUUCGCAGUUGAGGCCCAGUUUUAGCAUCAGGGACGGCGGAACCGACGAGGAACGCCUGCCAAGCACGAGCACGUGUGUCAAUCUGUUGAAGCUGCCGCGAUACACGCGGGAGGAAAGGCUAAGGGAGAAAUUGCUCUACGCAGUGACAUCGGGCGCGGGAUUCGACUUGAGUUAA